AUACUAUUACAUAACUCUAUUAUACCUAGUUUAUAUGUAUAUUGAUAGAGAUACACCUAAUCGUGGUGGUCGACCGUGUAAGUGGUACCGGCAGCUUGGUCUUUUUAAACACAUUGCCGAUUAUUUUCCGCUGAAACUCAUCAAAACCCACGAUCUGGACCCUGAUAAAAACUAUAUAUUCGCGUGCCACCCCCAUGGCCUAUAUGCCCUGUCUCAAAUAUAUCAUUUCACGAGUAAUAACCCCAGCUUUCAACAUGUUUUCCCCGGAUUUCACGUACGUUUGGCGAGCCUUAUGUUGAACUUUUGGUUCCCAGUGUGUCGGGAUGUCCUAAUGGCUCUAGGUACCUAUGAAACUAUUAUUAUAAUUAUUAUUUUCUUGAGCAAAUAUCUUGGUUUCAUCUCGGUCAAUAAAUCCAGCAUCGAAUGGUGUAUAAGUGGCAAAGAGGGCACCGGUGGGCAAGUGGUGGCUGUAAUCGUGGGCGGGCAUCGCGACGCCCACUACUCACUGCCCAAUACCAUGAUAUUGAGUCUCAAGAACAGGAAAGGGCUCAUGAAAAUUGCGUUAACACACGGCACAUCGUUGGUACCGGUGCUGUCGUUUGGCGAAAAUGAUUUAUACGAACAGAAAGUAUUCGCACCGGACUCGUGGUUCCGUAAAUGUCAGGAGUAUGCACUAGCUAAGUUGCAUGUUACCAUACCCAUACCCAGUACCAUCAUUCCCCGUCGUAGGCCAGUCACCACAGUCGUGGGAAAGCCUAUAGACGUGCCAAAAGUGGACAACCCGUCCGAUGAUGAGAUCAAUCGACUCCACAAACAGUAUAUUAAGAGUUUAGAGAAACUAUUCAACGAUAAUAAGUGUAAAUAUGGUUUCAAUGAUGUAGAGCUCGUUAUUGAUUAA